GUGAUGCUAGUGUCAGUAACUCAGAGCAUGUUUCUCUCAAACACAAUGGUUUGUGAUCCCCUGGUAUCUUGGACAGAGUUAUUUGGGACAACCAAAGAUGACUAUACCACCUGUGAUCAUCAGAAAUAUUCUUAUUCUUUCUGGACAUCCAUUCACUCACUCAGAAUACUGGAGAAAGUCUCUGAAUGGUUGCAGUUUUGCUGUGACCAGUACAAACUAGAUGCCAACUGCAUUUCCUCCCACUUCAAUAUCAAUGGCUUACAGUUGUGCAACAUGACCCAGAAAGAGUUUUUAGAUGCUGCAGGCCUUUGUGGUGAAUACUUGUAUUUCAUCUUACAGAAUAUCAGGAUGCGUGGUGUUCCAGAAACAGAACACAAAACAAAAAGCAUUUCUGUGUGA